UUGUAGUGACUCUAUAAAUGUACCCGGGAGUUUCCGAAAUCCACACUCGGUGACUUCAGCUGAACAAUGGUUAACAUGAGCUAUCACCAAUCUCUACAGAAACACGCACAGAGCCUAAACCAGAAACAGCCGAGGAAAAGAAGUAAUAAAAAGAAAAGGAAUUAUUGGGACAAAAUAUCACCAACAACUCGCAUUCAGACUUGAUUGUCAAGACACUUAAAGGUCUGGUGUGCUAGGUGUGGGAGCAUAUCGUGUUGUGUCUGUGGAUAGCGACUGUGUGGUGCGAUGACUGCGGAGUGGCUGUAUCCCCCUGGCGUGGGGCCGCUUUGUGGUGCAGAGUUGGAGGCGUGGUAUGAAGACCUACAGGAUAUACUUGGCUCCGACACGGGUGGGGCCAAACUUACGAGAGCCCCGCCUUGUUCCGAGAAGGAGCCGGAGUUCCUGGAUGUGUUGGAGAGCUGCUCGCUCACCUGGCUAACGGAAGGGCAGGUAUGGGGGGACGGCGUGCAGCGCGUGACGGACGAGACUCCCAGCCACCCGCCGGCGACCUGCGCGACUCCCCCAAAACAGGAGGACCGGAGAGGAGGCGAGACGGAGAGCUCGAGCGGUGGAGACCUUCUGCCGCCGGAGUUCUUCGAGCUCCUGAGCGAAGGAGGAGUGGGCCUGGUCGACACCGGGGCGAUGAUGGUCACCGGCGGUUACAAUCUCUCACAACCCCAACCCUCGUCUCCGACAGCCAGCGAGGAGGAGCUGCCGCCGACGGUUCCCGACGCUUCGUCCUGCUCCUCGGCAUCCCAAUCGCCCUCCUUCAACUGCUCGCCGCCCUCCUCCCCUCCCCUGUCACCUCCCGCCAGCGUCUCCUCGCGUCUGGGCAAAAGGAAGCGAGGAGGCGAACGUGGAGGUGCUCCGUGCUCCCCGUCCCCAGGGAAGAAAAGCAGGAGAGAACGAGAACACGAGAACGAGAGGAAGGUUCAAGAGCUGACGGAUCAGAACGAGCGUCUGAAGGCGGAAAUCGAACGACUCGGAGAGGAGGUGCAGAGGACGCGGAGGGCGCUCAUCGAGAGACUCGUCAACACCAGGAGGUGAAGGAGCAACAGGAAGAGACGGAAAAGAAAAGGACAGAGAUUUAGAGAGAAACUUAGAAAGGGAAGUGAACAAUUGGCGGAAAUUAAUCUUGUGGAGACCAUGAAAUGCACAUUUAGAUGCAGCAGAGAAGACAAAAGACACGUUGUACGGGGGAGAGAGGGUUUUACAGAGCGGCGUCUCCCACCGAGAGUGAAAGAGAAAGUCAGAUGAAGCCAAAGACAAACAGAAGAGACUCCAGCGUCAGAGGAAAAUCGAACCUCAGGAGGAUGUGUCCGGGUCACUCCCAAAAAUCCAAAAAGAGACAUUAGGACAGGCUUAUUUUAAAGACAUUAUUGUCACAUCUUACAAAAAUCAAAUACUACAUUUAAAUAGUGAUUCGCAUUACUGUAAUAAUCAAAUUACUGUAAUACAUCAUUCAAAUCUGCACAAAUAAUGUAUAUCAAAAUACCAACACAAUUUAAAACUUAAAAUAUAUAUUUUUAUGCAUCAGAGAUUUUCAGCUCACAAAAAUCGGUUUUUGCUCAACUGUCAUGAAAAUAAUGUCACAAAAAACUCCUAAAAUAAAAUUUAGGGUACAAAAUGACCACUCGUUUUUCUGAGAUUCAUCUGAUGAUUUGAUAAAUGUGAGCCGCUUUUAUUCAGAAUUUAAACCCAUCAUCAGAUAACUGCAGGUUAUGGUUUUUGUUUUUUAACUUCGAUUGUGUGAAAAUGUACCCGAGACAAAGUCAAUGCAAUAAAAUCAAAUAACGACUUAAAUGAAAGAUUUCAGAAGAAAUGUUCGUUUUUGUAACGUUUUUUUUUGUGUGUGAUUGUAGGUGCAUUUAUCUGUUUUAAGAAAGGGCUUUAAAGAUGUAAAUUCACUCCUAGUUGACAGAGAUUUCAUAGCUCAGGACUGUUAACCAGAAGAUUGUGUGAAGGUUUUCUCUCAUGUUUAACCAAUGCCUCUUAAGAGUUUGUUUGUGUGAAUGUGUUUAGAUGAAGAUAAACUUGUGAAUGGAUGUUGAUGCUCUCACUUUUGUAAUGUUUAGCUGUAGCUAUUUAUAACACGCUCUGCCUCUAAUCCAUGACUAUUUUUCUAGAAGUGUAUCACGUGCAUAUCAAAUCAUUAUUAUUUAAUAAUCACGUUUAAUCAUUUACUGUAGUUUCUUAAUAAAUACACAUUUGCAUGCUGAAUUUCUGUAUUAGAAUAGUGAAACAUUUUUAUCUGAAUUUCACUUAGACUUGAUACGAAAUUGUAAUACAUAAGUUUUAUUAAUAAAUUUUAAAAAAUGAA